AUGGGAAAUAUCGAUAAUAAGUGUGUUCCUUUCAAUAAUACACUUUCCGGAAAUACAAGAUAUUCAAAUCGGUUGAAAGGAAGCGGAAGAGAAUGGAUCGCAAAUAAGCAAUCACAAUAUGGACGUACAUGUGAAGAUGUGACAGUGGGAUGUGGUGAAAGCACGCUUAAUACUCUUAAAACAGUAUCAAAAGAGAACUGCAGUGUUACGGGCUUGAAUAUUAUAAAAUUAAAUCCGACAAUAGCAACAACAACAACAACAACAACAACAACAACAGCAUAUUCAGCAGCACAAUUAUGUUCAUCAAGAACCGCAGCGAAAAGCGGAAGAAUGACUGAAGAUGAGAAAACUGAAACUACGGAACAAAGCUUAGUAUUAGCUGCGGCAUUUGAAAAGGUGACAAUUCGAAAUGACCACAUUGGACCAGUGAUACUCGCUUUUACCAAUAAUUACAAAAAGCCAGUGGCAUGGGCGUUAAAAACGAAUGCUAUAAAGCGUCUUGUCGCAUUUCCAACUAUCGGAAUAAUUCCGCCCUCAGAAACAGUACAA